GUCCCCAAAACUCAAACACUAAACUUUUUUCCUCUUUCAAUUCACCAUGAAAUUACUUCUCUUCUUCUUCCUCACACCAUUUCUCUUCUUCCUCAAAUGUUCUUCCACAUCAAAUUUCAGUACCCAAAUUGCUUCACCAAGUUUGAUUUUACCCCUAAAAACUCAACAAAUCACAUCUGGGUUUUCCGCACCAAAUAAACUCCCAUUUACUCACAAUGUUACUCUUACUGUUUCCCUUUCAGUCGGUACGCCUCCACAGAAUGUAACAAUGGUGCUUGAUACAGGUAGUGAACUCUCAUGGCUACAUUCAAAUUCAACCCGAAUCAAACAACCCAUUUUCAACCCGAACCGCUCACUUUCCUACAGACCCGUUUCUUGCUCCGAACCCACUUGCACGACCCGAACUCAAGAUUUCUCCAUUCCAGCUUCUUGUGAUUCGAAGAAUUUCUGUCAUGCUGUGCUUUCUUACGCAGAUGCUUCGUCUUCUGAAGGGAAUUUAGCUAUGGAUACGUUUACGAUUGGCGGGUCGAAUUUUACGGGUACGAUAUUCGGGUCAAUGGAUUCGUGUUUCAGUAGUGAUUCGGAUGAAGACGAAAAGACAACCGGGUUAAUGGGUAUGAACCGUGGAUCUCUAUCUUUUGUUUCACAAAUGGGGUUUAAGAAGUUUUCUUAUUGCAUUUCGAGCCUUGAUUUUUCUGGUAUUUUACUUUUUGGUGAAUCGAAUUUUACUUGGAUUUUACCGUUAAAUUACACUCCGUUAGUCGAAAUUUCACUUCCAUUACCUUAUUUUGAUCGAGUUGCGUAUACUAUUAAACUUGAAGGUAUUAAAGUGUCGAAUAAAUUACUUCCGAUACCCGAAUCCGUAUUUAUACCCGAUCAUACCGGGGCGGGUCAAACCAUGGUUGAUUCGGGUACCCAAUUUACUUUCCUAUUAGGUCCAGCUUACACUGCACUAAGGAGUGAGUUUUUGAAUCAAACUAUGAGAACUCUUAAGGUCCUUGAGGAUCAAGAUUUUGUUUUUCAAGGUGCAAUGGACUUGUGUUAUCGGGUACCUGUUAAUCAAACGUGGUUACCUAAGUUACCAUCGGUUGGUUUAGUGUUUCGGGGUGCAGAAAUAACGGUUUCAGGAGAACGAUUGUUGUAUCGAGUACCUGGUGAAAUUCGGGGAAAAGAUUCGAUACAUUGUUUUACGUUUGGAAAUUCCGAGUUACUAGCGGUUGAAGCGUACAUUAUCGGACACCAUCAUCAACAAAAUGUAUGGGUGGAGUAUGAUCUUGAAAAAUCUCGGAUUGGUUUUGCUCAAGUACGAUGUGAUAUAGCGAGUCAAAGAUUUGGUUUUUCUCGUUGA